GGUCCUUCUGUCGUCUAAAGUUUCAGAUUGUUCCAGAACCUCCUACCUUUUCCUCAUCUCUGGGAUCGCUACGCCAGGUAUUCUUCUUGGCUGGCAGACCUAAUUCUGACGGAUCAAUUCAGUUUUUGCGACAAUGAGCGUGGUCGGUUUUGAUUUUGGUAAUGAGAGCUGUAUUGUUGCUGUUGCGAGGCAGAGAGGGAUUGAUGUUGUGCUCAAUGAUGAGUCCAAACGAGAAACUCCGGCAGUUGUCUGUUUUGGUGACAAACAACGGUUUAUUGGAACAGCUGGGGCUGCAUCUACAAUGAUGAACCCAAAGAAUUCAAUUUCACAGAUCAAGCGACUAAUUGGUAGACAAUUCUCUGAUCCAGAGUUGCAGCGGGAUCUGAAGUCAUUGCCUUUUGUGGUAACUGAAGGGCCUGAUGGCUAUCCAUUAAUUCAUGCACGGUAUUUGGGUGAAAAUAAAACGUUUACACCAACACAAGUGUUGGGAAUGGUGUUGUCAAAUCUCAAAGGCAUAGCUGAGAAGAAUCUGAAUGCAGCUGUUGUUGACUGUUGCAUUGGAAUUCCGGUUUAUUUCACUGAUCUUCAGAGAAGGGAAGUCUUGGAUGCAGCUACCAUUGCUGGUUUGCACCCACUUCGCCUGAUUCAUGAAACAACAGCGACUGCCUUGGCAUAUGGAAUUUAUAAGACAGAUCUCCCUGAAAAUGAUCAGCUAAAUGUUGCAUUUGUAGAUGUUGGACAUGCCAGCAUGCAAGUGUGCAUUGCUGGCUUUAAGAAGGGGCAGCUGAAAGUACUGGCUCAUUCGUUUGAUAGAUCUCUAGGUGGUAGGGAUUUUGAUGAAGUUUUAUUCCAUCACUUUGCCGCCAAGUUCAAGGAAGAGUACAAGAUUGAUGUUUUCCAGAACGCCAGGGCUUGUCUAAGGCUGAGAGCUGCUUGUGAGAAGCUGAAGAAGGUUCUUAGUGCGAAUCCUGGAGCACCUCUUACCAUUGAAUGCUUAAUGGACGAGAAAGAUGUCAGGGGCUUCAUUAAGCGUGAUGAAUUUGAGCAAUUAAGUGUGCCAAUAUUGGAACGUGUUAAAAAACCUUUGGAGAAAGCUCUUGCAGAAGCAGGUCUGACAGCUGAGAAUGUACAUGUGGUUGAGGUAAUUGGUUCAGCUUCUCGUGUACCAGCUAUAAACAAGAUACUGACAGAGUUUUUCAAGAAGGAGCCUAGGCGGACAAUGAAUGCAAGUGAGUGUGUUGCCAAGGGUUGCGCCUUGCAAUGUGCUAUUCUUAGUCCGACAUUUAAAGUACGGGAGUUUCAGGUCAAUGAAAGCUUUCCUUUCCCAAUUUCUGUGUCUUGGAAAGGUUCUGGUCCAGAUCUACAGGAGAGUGGACCAGAUAAUCAGAUGAGUACUGUUGUAUUCGCUAAAGGAAAUGUCAUACCAAGCAUCAAGGCUCUGACAUUCUAUAGGCGGGAAACAUUUUCUAUUGAUGUACAGUAUGCUGAUGUGAGUGAGCUGCAGACACCUCCAAAGAUCAGCACAUAUACUAUUGGUCCUUUGCCAACUACAAAAGUUGAGAAGGCAAAAAUUAAAGUCAAAGUACGAUUGAAUCUGCAUGGAAUUGUAUCUGUUGAGUCGGCAACUCUCCUAGAGGAAGAGGAAGUUGAGGUUCCAGUGGUCAAAGUACCAGCCGAAGAAAGUGCCAAGAUGGACACUGAUGAAGCUCCUGCUGAGGCUGCAACAGAGGAGGCGGCUGCUGCGGCUGAGGCCGCUGCAGCACCUCCAAGUUCCAGUGAUGGCGAUGUUGAUAUGCAAGAUGCCAAGGCAACUGUUGACGUCCCUGGGGUGGAAAAUGGUAAAGCUGAGACUGUGGAUAAGCCUGUGCAGAUGGAUACUAAUGCUAAGGCUGAGGCUCCAAAGAAAAAGGUCAGGAAAACAAGCAUACAUGUGACAGAGUUGGUAUAUGGAGUGAUGAGUCGUUCUGAUGUCCAGAAAGCUGUAGAGAAAGAGUUUGAAAUGGCUUUGCAAGAUCGAGUGAUGGAAGAAACAAAAGAAAAGAAGAAUGCUGUUGAGGCUUAUGUUUAUGACAUGAGGAACAAGCUCAGUGACAAAUACCAUGAGUUUGUCACUGAUUCAGAGAGAGAGGCAUUUACUGCUAGACUUCAGGAGGUGGAAGACUGGUUAUAUGAAGAAGGGGAGGAUGAAAGUAAAGGUGUUUAUGUUGCCAAACUUGAGGAACUUAAGAAGCAAGGUGAUCCUAUUGAAGAACGGUACAAGGAAUACAUGGAGAGGGGCACAGUAAUCAAUCAGUUGGUCUAUUGUAUAACUAGCUACAGGGAAGCUGCAAUGUCAAACGAUCCCAAAUUUGAUCACAUUGACAUCUCUGAGAAACAGAAGGUCCUGAAUGAAUGUGUCGAAGCUGAGGCUUGGCUUAGGGAGAAGCAUCAGCAGCAGGACUCUCUUCCAAAAUAUGCUACCCCUGUACUCUUCUCAGCUGAACUAAGAAAGAAAGCUGAGGCAGUCGAUAGGUUCUGUAAGCCAAUUAUGACAAAACCAAGGCCAGCCAAGCCGGCUACUCCUGAAGCGACAGCAACACCACCGCCUCCUCAGGGUGACGAGCAGCAGCAACCUCAGGGAGAUGAUAAUGCAGGUGACAACGCAGAGCAGGCCCCACCAACAUCUACUGAACCAAUGGAGGCUGACAAGUCAGAAAAUUCAGGCGCUGCAUAAUAUUUCUUGUUAGUCUCUCAGACCUUUGUACAAGAAUGUGAAUGAGGUGGGGUUGAGAGUGGCUACUGGGAUGUCUGGUUUAGUGUCCUCUCCGUUGGGUGGUUGCAGAUAUUUAGUUAUUAUUGUUGUGACGGUAUUUGGAAUCCAAAUUUUUUUCCUUGAACGAAACGUUGGAAGGGAAAUUCAUAAUGCUAGUUGUCUAUUUUUCUCAAGUGACAGUAAGAGAGGCCAAUUCUCUGUAGGAAAAGGUUAUUUGUGUACGAUUUCUCAAGUUAAAAAUGCGACUGUGUUUCAACGAAUUUACUUCCA